AUGUCAACAACUUUGAAGCUAACGAAAUCCCAAUUAUCUAAAAAAUCCAUUGACUCAUUACUCUCACGAUGCGCUCAAGAUUCAAAUUUACAAAAUGAUAAAGAUGUUCAAAUAGUUAUAAAUACUGGUAAAAAAAUGGAUGUAUCCAAGGAUUAUAUACCUCGUAUCAUCCCUCUAACUGCAUGUAAACUGUAUAAACCAAAGGAUCUCAGGAUAUUACUGAUAACGAAAGAUCCAUCUACUCUUUACAGAGAAACCAUAUCAAGAGAUGAUACAAUAAACGAUUUAAUUAAAGAAAUUAUAAGCGUGAAAAACUUGAAACGUCGGUUUAGAGGUGCUAAGUUGAGCACUUUAUACAAGGAGUUUGAUUUGGUCGUUGCAGAUUAUAGAGUUCACCACCUUUUGCCCGAUGUACUUGGAAGUAGAUUUUUCCAUAGUAAGAAGAAGACGCCAUAUAUGAUCAGAAUGUCUAAACAACUGAAAGAAAGACGUCAAAAAAUGAUAGAAGAAUGUGAUGUCUCAUAUAUUAGGGCACAAUUGAAAAGCAUUUGUAAAAACACAUCUUAUAUCGCAAAUAAUGAUAAUUGUUUGAAUGUCAAAAUAGGCGAAGUAGGCAGGCAUAGUAGCGAAGAGAUGCUCUCUAAUAUUCAGGAUAUUGUGAGAUUCUUAACCGAUAAGAAGGAAAAACCUCAAGGAGGUGUCAUCAAGGGUGGGAUUAACUCGAUUUUUGUCAAGACAAGUAAUAGUGUAAGCUUACCAGUUUAUCAGAAAGAUGACGACUUGGUUCAAGAAAAGCAUUUCAAUCUUGAAUUAUGA